CUAUUCUCAUUGGAUGAGGCUUCAGUACGAGAUUCAUACAAAUACACCUAAACAAGCUGACGGUGACACUUGUCCGAACAGGCGUUACGUAAAGCACUGAUCAACCUCUUCACAAGCAGUUAUCCAGAAAUUCUCUGAAGAACCAUUUCUCGUCAAAAAAUGUAUCGACAAGCAGCGAUAUUAUUUGCAUUGGUCAUUUGCUUCGUGGUUGCUGAUCAUCACAUUCCCUACACAGUUUGUGUCAGCAACGUAGCUGCGUGUAAUAACGCAGGUCUAACCAUAAAUGUCACGUGUCAAGGAGCAACAUCCGGUUCAACUUGCAUUAAAGAUGUUGUGAACGGUCAGGCAGUUAUGACAUUGGCCUCAGCUGAUGACAUGGUUAAAUAUGCUGACAAUCUCCAAAUUGUCAUUGGUCAAAAACUACCAGACCUCUACAACUUUAUUCAAUAUUACGGUUUGGCUGUCGUGAAGAAAAAUACAACUUUUAAUUUCAACUCCCUGCGGAAUCAAAAAUCCUGCCAUACUGGUGUAAAAAAAACUGUCGGUUGGAAAAUCCCUGUUGGUUACAUGCUCUUUAAUAAAAUAAUGACAUAUACAGACAACCAGUAUAAAUCUGCUUCGGAUUUCUUCGGUCAAAGUUGUGCACCUGGUAUUAAUGACAUCCCAGGAGUCAGUGACGCAGUGAAGAGAGAUCUUUGCUCUUUGUGUAACGGAUCAUGCGCACAAGAUUCUUCUACAGAGGCAUACUACAGCUACGAAGGUGCUUUCAAAUGUAUGGCCGAUGGUAACAAUGAUCGCGUUGGUUUUGUAAGGGAAUCGACCGCUGAAAACUUUUUUAGUGGCAAAUCCGAUUAUAGAGGCACAACUAUGGCAGACUACGAACUUCUCUGCCCUAAUGGAACAAAGGCUGCUUUGAAUCAAUACAAAACAUGCUACAUCGGAACGAGACCAUUGUACGCCAUUGUCACUGGGAAAUCAACAUCGUCUGAAACAAUCACACGAAUCCAAAAUAUGUUGCUAGGAGUUGAUGUCAGGAAUUUAACGGCAGCUGGAAUAGCAUACAAAAUGUAGAAAGAUUGUGAAGUAUAAUGGUGCAUCUGUUAAAGAAUAUGUUGGAUCAUAUGGAAAUUAUUUUAAUGCUCUUGCUAUGAGUGCAGCGCCAUCUUUGAUGUUGUCACUAGCGUUGCAAGUCACUGCCAUUUUUGUUUUCUGGCUCGUGGCUUGAGCACCGCAGUUAGACAGCUGCCAUCAUAUGACGUCGUUAUGAAAAAAGCCCAGACAUUACGGAUACUCCUUGGUGAUGAUAACAUUUUAUGUUAUGUCGCGCAUAGGACUUUGCGCAAAUUAGUGUGUUUUUUUUCAUAGCACGUUUUAAGCUACGAUUUUGUUUCACAAUUGUGUAAUUAAUCUUGUUACGUUUAUUACAUAAUUACCAUUUGUUACCACAACCAA